AUGGGCGCCGAUCAAAGCAAAAAACAGAAGCCGACGCUGGCCGAGAUGCGCUACAAGAUUGAGAGACCGCCGCCGAGGAAGAACAAAGUACGCGUCUCCAAAACCGAUCCACCCCGAGAUGAAGAAAUGCUGGACGUCUCAAUGGUCCAAAGCCCAUCUUGCAGUUAUAUGGAGGGAAGUGUCGAUUCUGGGGUAUCAGCCAUGGACGCGCAUAGCGAAGGGGAUCCCGGAGAACCAGGGCCAUCGACUUCAGUUUGCCCAGUGAAAUCCACAAGUUAUGAAUCGGCUUUGGCUCGACCUUUAUGUGUUGAGAGAGUCAGCCAUUUUUUAACUCGUCGAGAGCGAAUUUUGCUUGAGCACAGCUGGAAGAAAUGUAAGAAAACCGGUUCCGAGCACGUCGGCUCAAAAAUCUUCCUUAUGGUGCUGACCGCUCAACCAGAUAUCAAGCCGAUUUUUGGUCUCGAGAAAAUCCCGCAGGGCCGUUUAAAAUAUGACCCUCGAUUUCGGCAGCAUGCGCAGGUGUUCACCCGCAGCUUCGAAUACGUGAUCAAGAACAUCGAAUUUCCGGAGAAAAUCGAACAGCACUUUGAGAGCCUUGGGCGUCGUCACGUCGCGUUCCAGGGCCGUGGUUUCGACCCGAUAUAUUGGGAAACAUUCGCGGAAUGUAUGACCCAGGCUGCUGUUGAAUGGGAAGCGCAUAAGCAGAGGUUGACGUUGAGUGCGUGGAGGACUUUGGUAUCGAACAUUAUCACUUUCAUGCGACGAGGUUUUGAUGAAGAAAACGGGAAGCGAAAAUACGGG